CCUGUAAAGUCGGAUUAUGAAACCAGGAAGACACAUGGACUUGUCCCUCUUUUGGAUUCAAGCGCAACCUAACAUAUGAGGAUCUUUGGUGAGCGUCUAUAACAAACUUACCUCUGACUGUAAUGAUUUCUGAUGAGGUGUUUAUUGUGAGGAAACGCUUUUCGAACAUCGCUUCUGAACUCGCUCACCAAGGUCACAAGUAGCAGUGGAUGUGGCGAGAGCUCAGCCUGCAACACAUGCGAUUUCUCUGAGGGUUAACACGCAGAGGUGUCGGCGGAAACAUGGCGGGACUUGUGGACUUUAAGGACGAGAAGGAGGUGAAGGAGUUUCUGGACAACCUGGGGACGGAGUACAGCUUCCAGUGCUACAAAGAGAAAGACCCUGAAGGGUGUCAGAGGCUGGCAGACUACCUGGAUGGGGUGAAGAAGAACCAUGAGGCUGCAGCUCAGGUGCUCAAACACAACUGUGAAACUCAUGGACAUGGAGAGAGCUGCUACAAGCUGGGGGCUUACCAUAUCACAGGGAAAGGUGGAGUGACCGAGUGCCUGAAAACUGCCUACUCUCUCUUUCUGCGCUCUUGCAAUGCCGGAGGAAAGAAGUCUAGAGAUGCCUGUCACAAUGUGGGCCUGUUAGCCCAUGAUGGACGAGCUAUGGAGGGAGGACCCGACCUUACGGCAGCACGCCAGUACUAUGAGAAGGCCUGUGCUGCUGGCUUCGCUCCCUCGUGCUUCAACCUCAGCGCGAUGUUCAUCGAGGGCAAUUCCAAAGGAUUAGAGCCAGACAUGACUCAAGCUUUGAAGUUUGCUCAAAGGGCUUGUGAGCUGGGACAUGUGUGGGGCUGCGCCAACGCAAGUCGCAUGUACAAACUUGGGGAAGGUACAGAGAAGGAUGAGAAGAAAGCAGAGGACCUGAAGAAUCGAGCGAAGGAGCUUCACUCUUCAGAGAAGGAGAGGCAGCUCAAGUUUGGGGAGUGAAUGUGACACUCUUGGUUAUGUCAUUGUGGUGGAGGUGUUCAAAGGUUGGAGGUGAUCUGAUGUUAGUUAAAAAGCCACAUGGUCAAAUGGGUGUCAGCCCACCUUCGCAGUCUAUAGACCAUGAAAUUCAGGGAGUGACAAGUGUGGCCACUUGAAUAUGAAUUUAAGUUCAUAAAAUGUGUUCAAGAGUUAUAAAAGUAAUAAAAUGAAUUUGGA